AUGGAAGAUCUAGAGGAAACAUUAUUUGAAGACUUUGAGAACUACUCCUAUGCCCUGGAAUAUUACUCCCCAGAGACUGAUUUGGAGGAGAAAGCACACCUAGGAGUCAUUCACUGGGUCUCCCUCGUGUUAUACUGUUUGGCAUUUGUUCUGGGCAUUCCAGGAAAUGCCGUUGUCAUUUGGUGUACAGGAUUCAAGUGGAAGAAGACAGUCACCACUCUCUGGUUCCUCAAUCUAGCCAUCGCAGAUUUCAUUUUUCUUCUCUUCUUGCCCCUGUACAUCUCCUAUGUGGCCAUGAAUUUCCACUGGCCCUUUGGCAUCUGGUUGUGCAAGGCCAAUUCCUUCAUUGCCCAGUUGAACAUGUUUGCCAGUGUUUUCUUCCUGACGGUGAUAAGCCUGGACCGCUAUAUCUACUUGAUCCACCCUGUCUUAUCUCAUCGGUACCGGACCCUAAGGAACUCUCUGAUUGUUAUUAUAGUUGUUUGGCUUUUGGCUUCACUAAUGGGUGGUCCAGCCCUGUUUUUCCGGGACACUCUGGAGUUCAGUAACCACACUCUUUGCUAUAACAACUUCCACGAGCAUGAUCCUGACCUCACGUUGAUGAGGCAUCAUAUUCUGACCUGGGUGAAAGUUACUGUUGGGUACAUCUUCCCUCUUCUAACAAUGAGCAUUUGCUACUUGUGCCUCAUCUUCAAGGUGAAGAAGCGAAGCAUCCUGAUCUCCAGUAAGCACUUCUGGACCAUCCUGGCUGUGGUCACUGCCUUUUUGAUUUGCUGGACUCCUUAUCACCUGUUUAGCAUUUGGGAGCUCACGAUUCACCACAAUAGCUAUUUCCACCAGGUGCUGCAGGCCGGAAUCCCCCUCUCCACUGGCUUGGCAUUCCUCAAUAGUUGCUUGAACCCCAUCCUUUAUGUCCUAAUUAGUAAGAAGUUCCAAGCACGCUUUCGGGCCUCAGUUGCUGAGAUACUAAAAUAUACGCUGUGGGAAGUGAGCUGUUCUGGCACAGUAAGCGAACAGCUCAGGAACUCUGAAACCAAGAAUCUGUGUCUCCUGGAAACAGCCCAGUGA